CGGCGCAUAUUUGGCACUAGCUGGGCGGGAUCGCAGAGAUGUGAAUCGUUUGAGUCUCGGCUUUUGUUAGCCCGCUGCCCCGGCUUCACAUGGCACAUACACACACACCCUUUACCCCCCGUCCUCCAGAGUGUCAGACGGAGCCAUCUGUCCAAUCCGUGCGGCUCAUUGGCUCCUGGGAUAAUUUCACUAUGUGCUAUAGCAUGGAGCGGGACGCCCGACGUGGCCAUGGCCAGUGGAGAGGAUGCUUCACGUUCCAGAAUAUAGUCUGCGAUGAUGAGAACCCGCACCAUAACAAGAGGAGCGGUGGUCUCAAAAUGGGCCACACGUACUACUACUAUUACGAAGUAGACGGGUCUACUGAGACCUUUGAUGCAACAAUGCCUUGCACCACCAUGUGCCCAUAUAUGCCUGGCCAAACCGUCAACACUCUCUUUGUUCCCAUUGAGCGCUCAUCACGCUCCCGAAGUGCAUCAACAAGCUCCAUCCAUGCAGACGACUACAGAACUAUGGAUCCAGCAACAAAAUUUAUGAAGCCGCUACCACCCACACCUCUACUACCAAGUAUAUACAACUGCCGAGCUCUAUCUGCCCCGAUUUCACGCCCUUCCUCAUCGUCAUCUCGCUCGCCAUCUCCACCUUCAUGGAAGAGAUUCUUCUCACGCAAGCCGCAGACCUCUGACGGCCUACAUCGCCCGUCUGCUAGCCAUGGAGAAUCAUGCUUCGCAUCCACCUUCACCAUUUAUGACAACGUCAUUACUGUCCCCACACAUGAUGCUCGCCAUGGCCGUACUACAUCGUCGCUUAGCGAGGGUGCCAGGGCAAGAUACAUCUCUCCAGAUUCCCUGUCCCGUAUCUUACGCGAAGACCGACUUGCUCCUCGUCGUCCUAGUCACCCUGUCCAGCCACCGCCAUUGAUAAUCCCCGACGACGUCAUUGAAGAGGAUGAAGACGACGAAAACUUUGCUGUUUCCGCUAUAUCAGAAAGCUUGCCCUAUGCCACCGGCCUCUCACCGCCCCCCUUUCAACGCUCUUUGUCAUCAGAGUCCAUCAAGUAUGAUACUGAAAAAGGCAACUUUACUGCAUCCAUGGCCGGGCCUCCGCUUUCAGUUCGGCCACCUGCUCUCGAUCGAAACCAGCCUCUAUCUGCCGUGGUAAACGAGACAAAAUCAGUGCCUCGCUGGUCUAUCUCAGCAAAAGACAAAGUCACUGCAAGUCCUAUUCAUGAGGAUGUUCCCAUGAGCUUCUACGAUGAUGAGGAUGACGACGACGACGUCAUGUCUAGCAACGAAGACGAUGUUCAUUUUCCCUCUAUCCCCAUAUCAAAAACUCAACUACACUCUUUCAAAGGCUAUAGUCUACCACGUCACAUUGAAGAGACGAAAGAUACAUUCGCCUCUCAUCAGGCUUUCGCAGCUCCUAUUUCCCCGAAAUUGGUACCUAGCGGGUCUAAUUUGUUGGAUACUCAUAUCGAGGCAGGCCUUGAUGACUUUGUCAGCGAGCUGGGCUGGAUUGUCGGUACUAUAGGCACGACCGAUAGCCCCUAACUUGCUCAGCAGAGGAUCUUCAAUGCACCUUAUCUGCCCGUAUUUGUUUCUAUCCACUUGUACACACAACAUACAUCACAUCACCUUUACAGCGGCUAAACAGAACGCAAAACAUUCUCUAUUGCUUAAAAUAGCUGGAGUUGUUUACACAUCAAUUUUCUUAUAAUGUUUCUUUGUACUACUCUUCUCUCGUUUUCUGGCAUCUAGACUUGAAGCAUACUAUAUACACUCGAUCACCGGCAUCUGAGUUACGUAUAUACAUCUCGUUUCAUAUGUUUUUAACAUAUAUGUUUAUACCACCAUGUACAUCAUCAUCAUCAUCAUCAUCAUCAUUGACCCAUUAGAUUGGGUUAAAAAGCUUCAGUGAAGCUAUACUCCAUGGGAAAUUUACAGGCGUUUAAGCGAUAUUUGAUCAAAGGAUAAACAAAAGGGAGGCAGGAAUUGC